AUGGAGAACCAAAACAUGUCAAACAUCUUCCAUCGAUUUAGGAAGGGUUUACAUGGGAAUGGCGAUUACGGCUGGGAGAACUCAGAUGAGUUCAGGAUCCUGAACAUACAGAGGUCUCAGAGGUCUGCAUUAACUCGCCAAGCAGAGAGGCUUUGCGCUGCAGAGAAAGAGCGACACGAGGCCGUCCUGAACCGAGUGAGACGCUCUGUUCAGGGCGUCAUUUUGCCCUUACCUAAAAAACCAGCUUUCCGCAGAAGCCCAGAACUCUCUCGGCGAGAGAGGAUAAGCCCUCUUAUAGAUUUACCCCGCAUGAACUGGGAGAACAUCAAGAAAACCCAGAUCCUGAGUCCUGGAAGUUCGGAUGAGAGGGACUCCUUUUGGGACAAGGUGCUCCUCAGCAGUCAGACGGCUGUAAAGGCAUGUGAAGCAGAAGGAGACAGGAGGCCAACUUCCUCCAGUUGUUCUCUGUUCAGCCUCAGCAGUGUGGACACUCACACACCCAGUGAGCUGAGAGCCAUUCCUCUGAUAGAGGACGCAUUCACACCUGCUCCUCCUGCUGCGUCUGCAGUUCCACUUCCCAGGAGAAGAGUGUCUCGCCUGCCUGUUUUGUGUGCCAAACCCAGCGGAGCAGCAGACAAGGUACAAGUGAAAGUAUGUACACUCCAGUCGGCUAAAAGUAAAGUUGGGGCUUUGGGUGAAAAGGUGGAUAGCUUUGAGCUUGAGUACUUCCUUCCACCUCGACCCCCUGCGGCUCCCAAAAAGACCCCUGUGAUGACGCCUCUGGACCCGACCCCUCCAACAGUUCCCAGAACCAAGAGGAGGGUACCUCGACCUGGGAUGUUGCUGCAACCUGCUAAAGCCAUAGCAGCAGGAGAGAAGGCUGCCAGGGACUGCAGCCUCCAGACGGCAAAUGAUAAACAAGUUGAACGGGUUGAGCUGCAGCCAUUGACCAAUCCGAUGGAAAGCCUGUCUGCCUGCUUCAAGCUGCUCGCCUCCAACGACUGGGAGAAGAAAGUGCAAAGCUUGAAAAUAUUGCAAGCUCUGGCCCAGCACCACUCCCAGACUCUCAAGACAAAAUGCCAUGAAGUGUGUCUGGUUCUAAUUGACGAGGUGAAUAACCUACGCUCAGCAGUGGCCUGUGAGGCUAUGACCACGUUAGCCGAGCUGUAUGUGAACCUCAAAAAGGCAAUGGACUCGGAGGUCGAAGCCACAGGCCGAGCUCUGCUGCUCAAACUAGCGCAGACCGCCAGCAACUUUGUUCAGCAGCAGGCCAAUCUUGCACUGGGCGCCAUGGUGGAGAACUGCAGCCAUGGGCGGACAGUGAGCACUCUGUUGAACACGGGACUGAAUCACCGUUGUGUCGCAGUAAGAGGGAGCAUGGCCCAACACCUGCACCUCCUGGUCGACAGAUUUGGAGCAGCUUGCGUCUUGGCAGCAGGAACGAGCUUCACCGAACACUUCCUAAGAGCCGUCUCCAAAAUGUGUGUGGAUGCUGCACCAGACGUGAGGCACCACGGACAGAUCCUCCUCCAGAAGCUGGCUUCAAACCAGAGAUUUCUGAACCUGUGGACAAAGAUCAUCCCAGAAACAGAAAGAGCUCCGCUGGACAAGAUCCUAAAGAAGUCCAAGCUGUAAAACUGGAGAACAUGUCCAAUAUA